AUGGCUUCCUGCCGUCAGCAUCUUCUUUUCAGGAGAAUUUUGUCCUGUGUUACCUCCCGGGCGAGGAAAAAAAUUCCAUCGCAACGCUGGUUCUCGCUUUUUACUAGCAAUCCAAAGAGUUCGAAAAAUCACGGCUCAUUUGAGCCAAAAAUCUAUGAUGUGGUCAUCGUUGGAGGGGGAAUUAUGGGUUCAUCUUCUGCUUAUUUUCUGGCGAACAGAAUGGCUCCUGAAAUGGGUAGAAUUUGUGUGAUCGAACAAGAUCCAACGGUGAGAGCAAAGUUUCUAAUUGAUAUUCUGUUUAUUAAGCUUUCAAGUAACCUGCGAUCAGGCGAUUAAAAAAAAAAAAAUCGCCUGAUCGCAGGUUAGCUUUCAAGAUGCACUUAUCCCGGCUGGGCCGAGCCUUGACCUUGGGGACUUGUUGACAUUUGCUGCAAAUUUUGACUCCGGGACGGUGAGAUUGAAUCGCUUUUACACUUUUGCAGUAGGAUCUCCGGGGAAAGAGCCGCGGGAUUUGGAAUGCAAAAAAAUCAGUAUGGAAAAAUUUACAAUGAAUCCCACAGGUAGCCCCAAGCUCGAAAUAUGAGCAUCGGCCAGCAUCGGCAUUGUUGCGUAACAUUCAAAAUAUAAGGAUUUGUAUGGGAAAAAAAAACCUAUCUCAAUCGAGAGAAAACCGUUUACAUAAAAACCCAUAAAGGUCGGUACACACUAGGCGACAAGUUGCAGCAACAUGUCGCGGCGACACGUUGCAGCGACAAAUCGCUUCGUGUGUACUGGAGUAGUUUUGUGAAAAUCUUUGUCGCUGCAACAGAAUUUGUCGCCGCAACAAGUCGCACAGAUUCAGUCUGAUUUGAUUUUUUGCGACUUGUUGCAGCGACAAAAUUCUGUUGCGGAGACAAAGAUUUUCACAAAAAUUCUCCAGUACACACGAAGCGAUUUGUCGCUGCGACGUGUCGCCUUACCUUGUUGCUGCAACUAGUCGCCCGACCUGUACACAUGGAGUGAUCUGUCGCCGCGACGUGUUGCAGCAACUUGUCGCCUAGUGUGUAUCGACCUUAAAAACGGCCGUAAAUCGGCCCGUGGACCACACAAGAGAGACGUAACACACAUUUUAAGUAAGGUCAGCUGUUUUUUAAUUGAAAUCCUUUCAUUUUCGUAGGUUACAUAAACGAUAGGUUUUUUUCCCAUACAAAUCCUUAUAUUUUGAAUGUUACGCAACAAUGCCGAUGCUCGCUGAUGCUCGCCGAUGCUCAUAUUUCGAGCUUUGGCUACCUGUGUGAAUCCUAAAGGACAAUGUUGCCCUUUCCAAUAUCAUGACUUACACAGUAACAUGUCAGAACGUCAUCACUUUAUUUGCCUAUUUUUUAUCAACCCUUAAUAUUACAACUCUGCUCCUCGUGACUUGAGGCUUCAUCUAAAAACCAACUCUUGCUCUACUAGGGGAGGGGUGAUGGAAGCUUUAUGUGGAGAAAUGUUUUUCACGGGUAAGGGGAUUUGAAAACGUUGUGCAAAUUCCCGGGGGGGGGGGCGCAGGUCCCAGUGAAAUCCCCUAAACAGGCAUGCAUUCCUCUCUGGCCAGUCCUUGGCCAGGCCAAGAGGAUCCACAAAUCAAGCACUGAGAUGUGCUAGAAAAAGACGACACUGGUUGGAAAAUUUUAGCGGGUGGGGAUGGGUAGCGUAUUCUUGAUUCAAAGUGACAGGGUUGUUUGAUGAAAUAUUUUUUUUGAUAUGGGUGUGUUUGUGUGUGUGUCACUGUAAGAAAUUAGUGACCACACAAAGACUAACUGCUGCAAAAGCUUGGGGCAAAAAACAAAACUUUAUUGAAAAAAAAGAGGGAGAAGGAAAAAAAAUGCCCUUGGGAGGGCAGGGUGGGUAAAACAAUCCGAGCAAGACCGCAAAUGACCUUUGAAAUGACAAUCGUGCGAUCUUAAUUAUGCCCCAGAAGAAACCUGACAUUGGCAAAAGACAGGGAGGGUGUGUACCUAAUAAAGUGCUUUGACAAAUGCUAAAACCACCAUUAUUUUAGCAAAAAUUUUUUGGCAGGGGGGAAUAAAUUUAAGUUUGGAUUGUCUUGGGUUGAAACCUUGAUGGCAUUAGUCAACACAGAAAAAAAAUUAAUAAUAUAUACAUCCAUUGAAAGUGUAAUACUCCUCAAUGAAUGGAUUAUUUCUUAUUGUUACUAAUGGCAGCUUCCACAUUAAUUUUUUACACAGUAUACAAGGGCAUCAACCGUGUUGUCUUUGGCGGGAAUAAGGAGUCAGUUUUCAAUGGCUGAAAAUAUUCAGAUGUGUCAAUUUAGCUUCCAGUUUAUGUCUGAUGUUGGGCAAAUUUUAGCAGUGGAUGGUUGUGAUCCCCCUGACAUCCAACUUCGACGGCGUGGGUAUCUGUUCCUUGCCAGCAGUGAUGGAGAAGAUGUAAUGCAAAAAAAUUAUGCUCUUCAGAGGUAUAUUGGAAAUGCUAUUGGAAAGGUGUAACAGCUAUGCGAGGGUGGGAAUUAAGAGGAGGGGGGGUGGUCUGGUGCAGGUUAGGGUGGGUGUUUAUCAAUAUGCAUCGAUGCAUCACUAAUUUUCAAGUGCCCCCGAUCAAAACUAUGUAUUUAGGCUUGUUACAGGCACAUAAAUACUGCAAAUUAGGUAGGCUGAUCAAAAUUAGUGUCUGUAGCAGUAAUUGAUCAGCAUUUAUAAUUCAGUUAAAAUAUUUUUCUGUUCCUGACUGGCUAAAAUCCCACGGCUAAUUCUUCCUAACAGCUACCAUUCAUCAAAGUUUGGAAGAUGUCUGUGAUAUUGGUACCAAUGUUGACAGUUGUAAGCCCAGAAUCCCGGGGAGGGGGAGAGGGACUCCACAUAUGAAAGGGGUGGGGAUGCUCGUCGGAAAUUUUGAAUUAAAGCCCUAAAGGAGACCGAUCAGGGCGUGGCUCAAGCUUUUGUUGACCCCUAACAGGGCUUCUGAUAUUUCGCGGGAAAAAAAAGCAAAAUUUCGCGGGAUUUUCAGGGGCAAAUUCGCGGAAAAAUCGGCCGAUUUCGCGGGAUUUUCGCGGGAAGAAAGUCAAAAUUCGCGGAAAAAUCGGCCGAUUUCUGGUAUUUUUGCAGGAAAAAGUCAAAAUUCGCAGAAAAAUCGGCUGAUUUCGCGGGAUUUUCGCGGAAUAAAGUCAAAUUUCGGAUGAUUUUCAGAGGCAAAUUUGCAGAAAAAUCGGCCGAUUUCACGGGAAAUUUCGGGGGGAAACCUCGCCAUGAAAAAAUCAGUAAAAAACAGCCGAUUUCGUUGGAUUUUUUGGGGGGGAAAUUUCGCUAAAAUCGAUCAAUUUUGCGUCGAUAUGACCAGCGUUGUUUAACAUUUUUUUAACCGGGAUAAUCAUUUGCUCUUUCAACAACAGUUCGCUCGAGAAAUGAGCGAAUGCUACAGCUAUUAAACAUUAUGGUUAGCGCCCAGUUUUUCGCAACGUUAAUCUAAAAACGCCUGGUAGUUUUGGGACGUUGUUUACUCGUUGCAGUGACGAAGUUUCAAGAUAAAUUUGGACGUUUGGGGUGAAUAAAACAGGUCUUAUAGCUAAGAUAAGUAUUAAACAUGUUUUGCCGACAUGUAUUUGGAAAUAUUUCCGGCAGAUUUCGCGGUAUUUCGCGUUUUUUGGGGAAUUUCGCGGGAUUUCGCGGAAAUACCUGAAUUUCGCGGGUCCGCGACCGCGCGAAAUAUCAGAAGCCCUGUCUAAAAGAGACCAUGUUAAAACACAGACAAUAUAUAUUUUUUUAAAUUUUUUCACGGGGAACCCUAAACGAGACCUUCACGGCUAAAUUUGAUGGCGUUUUGCCCAGAACACCCUAAGUGAGACCAAAAUCCGAAAUUUACACCCCUAUUCGAGACGACGAGCAUCCCCACUCCUUUCAUAUGCAGAGUAUUCCUCCCCCCCCGGGCCUAGAAUAUCCACAGAAAAAUGGAUGGCAACCGACAAGUCCGGGGGACGAGGUUACGCUAAGCUGUUUUUGUAAAGAGAGGGAAAUGGUAGAACAUUUUACAUGAUUUGUGAAGAAAUAUCAACGUUACGUCAGGCAAAAGGACUUCGCAUGAAAAGAAUAAAAUUUUGAGCGGCAGUAAUUUGAAAACUGCAUUGUGUGAUAGGCUGGUGUUACUUCACCAAGGCACGUGGCUGUCACGCAAAAAAUUCUGUGUCAUGCUCUCCACUUUUACUGUUUUUCUUCGAAAAGUUUAGUGCAUAGAAGUUGGAUAAAAAUACUCAGCGAUUCUACGCACCAAUACAUCUAAUACGAUGCAUACAAUGUUCUUCAUUUGCUAAUGACAAUUAUUGACGUUUGUGUUUGAUUUUAGUAAGCUAGGUUGUCAAGUUACUCUUCUUACCGUAAAAGAUCUCAAAGAAAGGUUCCCUUGGCUUAACACAGAAGGAUUAUCACUGGCUUCGCUAGGUCAGUUUUGUUGAAAAAUAGAACGCUAAUAAUUUUUAUCAAUACCAAUUUAAUAGUUUGAUGCGUGGUCACGGUGAUCUUCAGUUGGUAUUCGCGUUCAAUCCUUUGCUUUAUCAUCGUGCAAGCUUUUGCAAAUAGAGGAUAUUAAAUGGCCGCGCUGGGAUACGAAUUUUAUCUUCGAGUGCUUGCUGAAAGUAUCUCUUACGAGUGAACGAAGCGAACGAGUGAGAGAUACUUUCAACACGAGAAGAUAAAAUUUGUAUCCCCUAGCGGCCAUGUAAUGUUCUGUUUAUUAUAUAGAUACUGAUGAAAUUCCUACAUAAAACACAACUUAAAGCUCAUCUGCGGAUGCAUCUGCGGAGAAGAGAGUGUCGACACGAAAAGCUAUCCGCUGUGUGAACUAAGCCUUAAUCAAUAAACCCAAUGAGAAAAUAAAAAUGUUUAGCCUGUUCCACAGGGUUCAGAGGAGUUCAGUUUGUCGUGAAAACUUCGAAAACUGUAUUAAAAACGGGAAGCUCUCUUGUAACUGGCUAAUCAUGUUAGUAACCAUGGCGACACCAAUAUGCUCACACGUGAAAGAUAAAAAUAGUGUCUUCACUGCGCGCGAUGAAGAUAUGAUUUUUUAGUAAAAAGGAAAAAUCCUGGUAUUUCAUCAGUAUCUAUAAAAUAAAUACCGAUAUUGGCCGACUCUGACCCUUGUAAAUACUUCAACUACAAAUUUCAGGCACCGGAAACGAAGGGUACUUUGAUCCGUGGUCAUUACUUAACGCCUUUAAGAGAAAAGCUAUCUCUCUUGGAGUGGAUUACGUCAAUGGUGAGGCAGUGGACUUUGACACAGAUCAGAAUGGACAAAUCAGCAGUGUUAAGGUUGGAAUAAUUUAUGAACAUUUCAGACUCAAAUAUUUCCAGUGCUUGUAUGUUCAAGGAAACAUGCGCGCGCCUGCUUCGUACCCAGACGCCUCUCGCGCGCUCAAAGGAAGGCGGGAAGGAUGCUUUCCAUGGUCCCUUGCGGCUCAUCACCAGUCGCUCGCCUCCUUGCGAAAAACGAAGCGCGUGAGGAGGAGGCUGUACGCGCACUACAUGAUUAGCCUUAACCUUAGAGGCGAGUAUUUUUAUUUUUUUUUUUUGUAAGCUAGAAACCGUCUCUUUUACAACGCAAAGCACUCAAUUUGCAUAAAAAAGGGUUAGAGGACUUCUCGGUCAUGCCGGAUUUUCCAGCAAAGAAACGCUCUUGCUAGCUGCAGUAGCAUAGGUCUAGAAUCAACUUGAAGAUUUUUAAUAUUACACUCAGCCACGCCUCGUGCAGUGUUUGAAUUUCUCAUCCAUCUACAGCCAGCGCAUGCUUUAUUUCCUGGUAAAGCAGUCACACUAGCCUCUAACCCUGGAAAUUGCAGUAUGAAAGUUUGCGGCACAAACUAUAACCUGAAGAAGGAAAAUGGACCAUAUCGUGGAGUUGAAGAAGAAACACAAAUGUGUGUUCGCUCUACUGUGCUGCGUUAUUCUGUUAUGAUCAGCAGUUACUGAAUGAGGCUGAGAAUGAUAUCAAGAAUUAUGCAGAUAGUGGAGGGUGAUAUGGUACCCGCCUAGGUGGAUAACAGCCUUAUCACUACAUUCAAGUCUUUGUAAUCCAGUUUAAUUUUUGUAUCGCUGCUAUCCUUGUCAACCAGGGGUGGAAGGGGGUAUUAGAUGGAGUUUUCACUUUCAGGUACUAGGCGCUAAUUCAAUGUGGUGCAAAUUCGAGCGUUUACGGUAAUUAUAUUGCUUCUUGAUUUAAAUCUUCAGGUGGUUUCCAGUUCAUCUCCGAAAAAUGUGAACGUCAUACAUUGUGGACAACUGGUAAACGCUGCAGGUCCAAACGCAGGUUAUCUCGCAGAGAAGCUUGGCAUAGACCUACCAGUACGACCAAGAAAACGUUACGUGUUUGUUUUGGAUUGCCCUGGAGCUCCGGCGAAUGAAUCGUUUCCUUUAGGUUUUUUAGUUGAUCCGUCUGGGCUAUAUAUCCGACAUGAUGGGGCAAGAUUUUUGAGUGGACUGUCUCCAAAAAGUGUGAGGAAUUUUGAUGUGGUAUUUCACAGCUGUUGCGAUUGAUAUUUGAAUGAAAAGGUCGUAAAAUAAAAACAAUUUAUCCAAGUUCAUAUUUCUCUCGUCCCUUACACAGAUGGAAGAUUAUGAUUCAUCAGACUUUGAAGUUGACUACGAUUAUUUCAACGACAGGAUGUGGGAAACCAUAGCCCACAGGAUACCUGCAUUUGAAUGCCUGAAGGUAAAUGCCUAAAGUUGCACAGGAAACUGGGGAAAAAAUCGUCCCUGAAUAAAUUAGGAGCAAGGGUGGCACAGUUAGUUCCGGUUAGCGCGCGACCUUCGGUGCGCGAGGUCCCGAGUUCGAUCCCCGGUGACGACGUUACAUCCUUGUUUUCAAGUGUAGCUUUGACUAGCUUUAAAUACCCUUAAAACGGAGCAUUGAUGGAGAGAGGGGGCGUAAAAUGCCGUAUUGCCUCGAAGGGCGAUUUUUUUUCGCACAAAAAGGGGGCGAUUAUUCGAGGGAGGCGAUUAUUUCAAAUAUUGCUCACUGGAAAUUGCGCUAAAUAUUUUGUUUUAUUAUCCCAUUAAAAAAAGAAAAACAAACACAUAUACAUUAUUAGGCUUUUUAAGAGUUCCAAAUUUUGUUCUUUAAUAAAUUUUCAAUGUCAAUAUCCUCGGCGACGGAACUUGAAUUGUCACUGAUCAGUUUUGCUGGAUCAGACUCUACUUCAACUUGGCAGGGAGGGGAUAAGAGGAAGAGAAGAAGGCAAGAGGGGUGGGGGGAGGGGCGAUUUUUCAAGGGUUGCGAUUAUUUUAAAUAUUGCCGUCUAAAGGGGGCGAUUAAUCGAAGGACAGCUAUUAUUCGAGGAAAUAGACUCUCGCUCGGCCUUUAGAUUGAACUACGAGUAUCUGAAGGAGUACGAGAUUGAGUAAGGUUACCAUGGUUAUGAGUUUUCAAACCAAGUUGACCUGCUUUAGAUAAUCAUUUGUCACACCACAGGGCGUGAUAAUUCCCAUACAAAUCCUUAUAAUUGGCUUCCAGUAGGCUGUUGUGAGUCUAGGACCCUGUGUUCACACCUCUUACAUUUCUUUUUCCGCUGGUCGCCAAAAGGAGGAAGUGACAGUUCAAGGGACGUGACUGGCUUAAAAAUGGUCUCAAGUUAUACUCGUACUCAAUCUCGCAGUCGUUGUAAACAAAAAAGGAAGUGUACUUAGCUGCUCUUUCGCUCGAUCCAAAACUCCGGUUUUUUGUAUAAAGAAUUUGUUUUUCAUUGCCCGACAAUGAAAUGAAAUGUCCCAAGGCUGCUUGGCGUCGCCGUGUAGCGUCCUGUUUGGGUAAGAUAAGGGUCAUUUAUCUCAAGGCGAUGUGGCUUUUCAACUGAAGUACAUGUACUCUAUUUACUUUUGCAUUAGGUUCAGAGUGCAUGGGCGGGACACUACGACUACAACACCCUUGAUCAAAAUGCCAUUAUAGGACGCCACCCUGAAGUAAGAAAUCUUAUUUUUGUUAACGGCUUUAGUGGCCAUGGUAUUCAGCAAUCUCCGGCCGCGGGGCGUGCUGUCAGUGAACUCAUAUUGGACGGCGGUUUUCAGACAAUCGAUCUCUCACUGCUGGGAUUUGAGCGUGUCUUGAGGAACGAACCAAUGAGAGAGAAGAAUAUCGUUUAG